UGUUUGUUUCCUCGUGGACCAAGGCUCGAAGAAAGUAUGAUCACGAGCUGAGUUAAUAUCCAAAAACAUUGUUGUAUUUUCGUGCUGUAAUUAUUAUAAUAACGUGUUAUAUAUAAAAUUUAAUUUAUUUUCGUAAAUUUGUAAAUGUUUAAGUUUCAUUUUCCUUUCACUUACAAUUAUGUAUGGUAAACCAUUGUUCAAAACUGAAUAUAGUUGCUUAUAAUAUGUCAGAAAAUAGACUGGACAUGGAUAUUGAUAAUCAAAGCGAAGACGGAGAAAUAAAGAAAAGCCCUUCGAAGGAUAUGGAUGAUUUUAGUUUUUCAGAAGAGGAUGGGGGAGAUACAGCGGACUCUUUGGAUAUAAAACCACCACAGGCUAUUGUCCGUCAUCACAAAUCUAAUUCAUCAAGGAGGAGAGAGAAACAUAGUGAUAGAAGAGAUCGUAGGGAAGAAAAGGAAAGAAAAUCUAGACAUCAUGAUCGUGGGGAGGAUAGACAUAGAGAUAAGCAUAGACAUCGUAGGCAUGGUAUGGAUAUUUUGGAGAGAUCAGAACGUUCAGAAGGUUCUAAAAGAGAUAGGCGUGAAAUUCGAAUGGAGGAACAUAGGCAUAUGAGAGUAAUAGAAGAACAAUACUAUGAAACGGAAUUGAUGGAACGACCCGAGAGAAGUGAAAAACGUCACAAAAGAUCACACAAACAUGAGAGACUUCGUGAAAGAGACAGAGAAAAAGCAGAGCGUGAAAAAGAGCAUAGAGAAAAGCAACUGCGCGAAGCAAUGGAAAUUGUUACAGAAGAACCUGAUGAAAUGGAAAUCAAUGAAAUACCGAUACAGCCAAAAGAUCCGAAAGAAAUGACCGAACAAGAACUUAGAAAAGAAAGAUUACUGGAAGCUGAUAGAGAGAUGGCUAGGAGAAAAGAAGUCUCCAGAUUAGAGUUGGAAGCACGACGGAUGAAAAGAGGAGAGAAACGACCUUUAAGUCCAGACAAUAAUCAAGAUCCAUCUAUUGUAGAACUAUCUGAUGAAAGUCCGAGUCCUGUUCAUUCAGACGAAAUUCGUUCUAAAUCUAUUGAAUCUAGGCAUUCGUCCGAUGGUCAAAGAAGUAUACGUGAGAGAUCAUCCGAUAGACAUUCUUCUGAUUCAUCCGAAUCUAGUAGUGAUGAUGACGAUGAAUCAAACGAUUCAAAUAAAGGUUCCAAUGCAGAUUCUAAUGAUGGUUCCGAUUAUAAUAAUCCAAGUCCUUUAUCUGUUGAUCGAUUAGCUAAAUCUGAUCAUUCAGAUGGAGAAUCGCCUGGACAUGUAGAUUCAAAUGGUGCGUCUAAAAAUAUAGAGGAAGAAGAAGAAAAAAAGGAAGAAGAAGAGCCUGAAUUACCUCCAUACUUGCCAGCAAUUCAAGGUUGUAGAAGUGUAGAAGAAUUUCAGUGUUUAAAUCGUAUCGAGGAAGGUACGUACGGUGUAGUGUACAGAGCACGUGACAAACGUACGGAUGAAAUUGUUGCUCUGAAACGGUUGAAAAUGGAGAAAGAAAAGGAAGGUUUUCCAAUUACUAGUCUCAGGGAAAUAAAUACUUUAUUAAAAGCUCAACAUCCGAAUAUUGUUACUGUUCGAGAAAUAGUUGUCGGCAGUAAUAUGGAUAAGAUAUUUAUUGUAAUGGAUUAUGUAGAGCAUGAUUUAAAAUCAUUGAUGGAAACAAUGAAACAAAAGAAGCAAGUUUUUAUACCAGGGGAAGUCAAGUGUCUUAUGCAACAACUAUUACGGGCAGUUGCACACUUGCACGAUAAUUGGAUACUUCACCGAGAUUUGAAAACGUCGAAUUUAUUGCUAAGUCAUCGAGGCAUUUUGAAGGUUGGUGAUUUUGGUUUAGCACGAGAAUAUGGUUCUCCUUUGAGACAAUAUACUCCGAUUGUUGUAACCCUUUGGUACAGAGCUCCUGAAUUGCUACUGAGUGGAAAAGAAUAUAGUACUCCCAUCGAUAUGUGGUCAGUGGGAUGCAUUUUUGCAGAAUUAUUAAGAAUGGAGGCAUUGUUUCCAGGUAAAUCCGAAAUUGAUCAAUUGAACAGAAUAUUUAAAGAAUUAGGUACUCCAAACGAUCGGAUAUGGCCAGGAUAUAGUAAAUUGCCAAUGGUACAAAAAAUUCCAUUUGCUCAUUAUCCUGUAAAUAAUUUAAGGCAACGUUUUAGUUUAUCUUUGUCAGAUUUGGGUAUCGAACUACUAAACAAGUUUCUCACUUAUGAUCCCCAACAACGAACCUCAGCGGAAGAUGCCUUAAAACAUGGCUAUUUUACAGAAGCGCCGUUACCUAUAGACCCACAAAUGUUCCCUACAUGGCCAGCCAAAUCAGAGUUGGGUGUAAGAACAGCGAAUGCUUCGCCAAAACCACCAAGUGGUGGAAAAGAAUAUAAACAAUUAGGAGAUGGUGAUGAUGCUGAUUUAAGUAACUCCGGUUUUCAUAUGGGUCUCAUGGAAGGCGGUAGACAACCACCCGUUGGUGGUGGUUUUCAUUUAAAAUUUUAAAAAUAUGUGACGAAUUCUACGUAAAUAAAAACAAGAGUGAUUGAU